AUGACUAGUCUUGAGAGGAGUCUAUCCUGCACCUCCAGUACCGCCCUCUCCAUGUCUCCUCGCCCCUCUGCCCGAGAAAUUUCACCGCCCGGUUCAGAGCUCUCUCUUAUCUAUCUCCAUGACCGUGUGAACCAACUGGACACGCGGGUCCUCGAACUCCGAUCCAAUCUUAUGACCAAGGAUAACUACGUUGACCGCCGAAACCGCGAAGAUGAGCUUAUCCGACGCGAAUUUGCUCAACAAAACGCCAUCUCGAAUCGCAUUGACUUGAACGUUAUCGCCCUUCGCACAGAUGUCGACCAGAUUCGCAGUAGCAUCUUGCAUCUCAAGACGACUGUUGGCCAGGUGUCUAUGGAAACCACGUACACGCGAAGUGAUGUCGACCGUCUUCAGAAGAGCGUGGAUCAGCUUCAAUCCGACACCGCGCAGAUCAGGUCUGAUUCUUGUGCCGCGCGUAUCGAUAUCGGCAAACUUCAAACCGCUACCAACCAGCUUCGAUCCGAAUUCUCCAACCUCUCACGGAUGUUCAAGUCUUUCGACACUCGAAUGGAUGUCGUGGAGUCUCUCCAUGCUAAUAUAAAGCCCGUCCCUGUUGUCUUGCCUGAUGGUUCUCUGGAAUUACCCGAGUAUUUCCCACGCACUAUUUGGCGAUUCUGGUGUCUUAAGAAGCGAAGCAGAGUCCAUCGCCUGGUUGAACUCUGCGAGUUUUACCAACUUAGAGGCUACGAGGACUGGCGACAGAUACAAUCCGCGGCAGAGAUGUUUGCCCAUGAGAGUGAUUCAAGCGAUUCCAGCGAUAGUGGCUACCCUAUUACACUCAAUUCAGCCGUUCACCAGUAUCCGGAGGCAGCUCUCCAAGCAUUGGCAGCAACUUUGGGUCUUGUGUACUCCAAGAUCCGCAAGGAAUGCCUCAAAAUGGAAUCGGGCGAAGGUCUCCAAGCUGCUCCUCGUCCUCCCAAGCGUCAGCAAGAGGACGUCGCCUCCGCAGGCACCAGUACUAAGUCCAAACCUGUGAAAAUGCCCCGUCGGCCCAGCGUUUCCGAUUCUUUCAUGCAACGCCUAACGUCGGGGGUCGAGCAGCCCUAUGCCGAAACGGAAUCCUCUGCGUCUGGGCCAUCCCAGAUACUAGGCUGGAAAGCUUUCUCCGAUGUUGUGUCAGAGAAUGCCAAGGGGAAGCUACCAUCAAUCGACCCGAAGGACCUUGGCGCUGUACUCCGUGCUUUGGAGCAAGGACGAUUGAAGUUGAAGCCUAGUCGAUCUGAAAGGAUGAACAUGUCACCUACUCAGUCAAAGACUAGCAGCAACGCCUACCGCAAGGCAGGCGAGCCAGCUCAGGAAGAGGUGCCUACUGAGCCGCAUACCGUCCCCAACACUAUUCCUCACCCUGUACCUACCUCGGCACCGAACACUGUUCCCACUGAAGUUGCCACAACCUCUUCACAGGGUAGCCGAGCCCGACAGGCUUCCAUUGACCCAUCAACUGUUUCGGAUUCCGAAAGUUCGUCAAUGUCAUGA